CUUGGCUUCAAAAAGGGAUCUCACAUUCCACAUUCAUCAUCCGCUCUGUGUGUGUAUCAAUCGCAGAACGCUUUUAGGGUUUUAGAGAAAUACGAAAAGGGGUUUGAAAUCUGCAUUCUUUGCUCGAUUUCGAUUUGAUUUUUGUUGAUUAAGAAGAUGGCUUCAAGACAUGCUCUUCAAGAACAAAACAGAGCAUUGGGAGUGACGAAGCAGAAGAACAUGGCAGUCGCUCAGGUGGCCGGACAAAAUAAAAGCCGCCGUGCACUUGGUGAUAUUGGUAACCUGGUCACUCUCCGACCAUUAGAUGGCAAGCAACUUCCGGCACGUCCUGUUACCAGAAGCUUUUGUGCACAAUUACUUGCCAAUGCACAAAAAGAAGCAGCCGAAAACAAGAAGAAACCAUUGACACUAAAUGCUGCAGAGAACAAGAAGGUGGUGGUGCCACAGCCUAAGAAGAAAGCAACAGUCAAACCAAAACAAGAAGCCAUCCCACAAAACGUAGAAGUAAUUGAGAUCAGCCCUGAUACAGUGGAAGAACAGAAACCGAAAGCAUCGUCUGCACGAAAGAAGAAACCGCAGUCUUCACUCACAUCUACACUCACUGCCCGAAGCAAGGCUGCCUGUGGCCUUGACUACAAACCAGUACUAAGAAAUGUCGUUGAUAUUGACGCUCAAGACAUCGAUAAUGAGUUAGCAGCUGUCGAAUAUGUGGAAGAUAUUUACAAGUUCUACAAACUUGCAGAGAAAGAGAGCAUGGUGCAUGACUACAUGCCUUGCCAGCGCGAAAUCAAUGACAAAAUGAGGGCAAUUCUAAUUGACUGGCUGAUUGAGGUGCACAACAAGUUCGAGCUUUCUAAUGAAGCUUUGUAUCUUACGAUUAACAUAGUUGAUCGUUUCUUGGCUGCUGAACCGGUUGCUAGAAGAGAACUGCAGUGUGUUGGCAUGAGUGCAAUGCUCAUUGCCUCUAAAUAUGAAGAGAUUUGGGCACCUGAAGUGAAUGAUUUCAUUCAGAUUUCUGACCGGGCUUAUGAACAUCGACAUGUUUUAGUCAUGGAGAAACGAAUAUUGGGUCGACUUGAAUGGAACUUGACUCUCCCAACACCAUAUGUUUUCCUUACUAGAUUUAUUAAAGCUGCUGGACAACAAGAUAUCACAAUGGAAAACAUGGUGUACUUCUAUGCCGAGCUGGGGAUAAUGAAUUACGAGAUGAUCAGAUUUAGUCCAUCGAUGAUGGCUGCAGGAGCGGUGUAUGCAGCCCGUUCCACAUUACACAAGGUUCAAGUUUGGCAUGAUACUUUGGAAAUGCACACAGGGUAUAAGGAAGCACAAGUUUUGGAAUGUGCCAAGUUGAUGGUUCUGUUUCAUUCAAUUGCGAAGGAUGAUGAAAAGAGGAGGGUCAUUUACAAGAAGUAUUCAAAUGGCAUUCGAGGCGCUGUGGCAUUGUACCCGCCAGCCAAAGGUCUUUUGGCUCAGGCUGUCGGUCCAUCUUCAUAGUAGUAGAAUUUCGCGGGAAUGAGGAAAAGAUAUCAAACUAAUUGUUUGUUUGUUUUUGGAUACUUGAUUGAUUGUUAGAAGAAACAAACAUGAUAUUGUUUCUGGAUGCUAUUUUAACUCAGAUUUAAUAAAAAAGUAUGAAAACUGUUCUUACUCA